AUGCCCCUCUAUGUCCCGGAGUCUGAGACCAAAAAUCGGCCCGAUCUUGUUAUGUUCCAGAGUCUGAUUCAACCGAUAUUCCCAUGUGCUCGCGUCUUGGAUUACAAAACACUUCACGAUAGCGUGUAUCCGAUUUAUCUCCUCAAACUCUCCAAUGGCCUUGAACUCACCUUGAAGACCGGUGCCAGACAACUUGCAAUACUGCUACGGCAAGAGAGGCACUCUCUAGAAACGGAAGCCGCAGUUCUUUCGAUAUUGGCCUCGAGAAACAGUCCAUGCAUUCCUCGCCUUUUCAGAUUUGAUGUCCUUGAUUUCUCACCUAGGACGCCAUUUCUCUUAAAACAGUCAAUGGGAGGAGUUCCACUUAGUGAUGUCGAACUUUCUUCCAUCACAUCCGCACAUCGGAAUCGUAUUGACGAGCAGCUGGGACGGACUGUGAAGUUCCUCGGCCAGUUCAUAUCCACCCAGUUCGGCAGCGUCCAUUGCGUUGCUCAGGGUGAAGGGAGGCAGAGCUGGAAGCAUACAUUCCUAUCAUUUAUUGAAGCUAUCCUUUGUGACGCAGAGGACAUGUUCAUAUCUCUCCCAUACGCCGAGAUCCGUCACCAGGUCCUACGACUCGCCCCAGCUUUGGAUGAUGUGACUGAAGCCCGCCUGGUCGUUGUGGAUAUCGGAGACAGAUCCAAUAUCCUUGUCGACCGAGACACCAAAUCGGUCAUGGGAUUUGCUGAUUUCAGCAAUGCUGUAUGGGGGGACGUUCUGAUGGCUGAGGUUUUCGAGGACCCAUCACCUGCUCUAUUGAAAGGCUACGGGUCCAACAAGAUGCAGAUGGAGGAUGAAUCUCUUCGUACCCGAUUACUACUAUAUUCCUGCUUACGUCAUAUACGUAGAAUUGUGAAGCAAUAUUAUCGCAGUCGACAGGACGAUGAGGAAAUGCGUGCUCGAAGAGGACUAACGAUGAUCAGCUUAAUUCCAAGCCAAAGUAUGGCACACUUUCUAAGGGGAAAACAAGCUGGGAUACAUGCGGAUUUGAGCGCAGGCCUUGCUCCGGAGCAUUUCGUGCUGGAUGAUGUUGCCAGAUAUGGCAUAAACUCUCGGAUUAGCGCUCUUGCAUACGACCCCGUGCAGUCGCUGCUUGCUGUCGGGACUAGCGAAACACAGUAUGGCAGUGGACAGAUUUAUAUCUUUGGACAGGAGAGGGUGUCUGCCGUGUUCACACUCCCGCGCAAGGCGUCUGUCAAGGUCCUUCAAUUCUGCACCGAUAAGAUUGUUUCUGUGGACUCGAAACACGAGCUCUGUGUAUUUUCUCUUGAGAAACGCGCACAACUUGCGGCGUAUACGCCGCCAGGCCAUGUCACUGCCCUGUUGACAGAUCCAAGCUUGGAAUAUGCCUUUAUAGGUCUACAGAGCGGUGACCUCGUCACGUAUGACCUCGACCGCCUUAGGAUUGCUCCGUUCAAGCUUCCCAAUCUGUGGAAGGAAAUAAAUCCCCGGGCUAGGAUUUUGCCUAUUGUAUCGCUGGCUUUUCAUCCGCGGGAUAUUGGAAAUCUCCUAAUUGGAUAUCUGGAAGGAGCUGUAACUUUUUCUAUCAAAAUGAAUACUCCAGUCAAAUUCUUCCAGUAUGAAGUUCCUCCUGGCGCUCCGGGUGGAGACUCAGAUCCCUCGGCCUCUCGAGAGGUGCGAAGACCUAGACUAACCAAAGCCGUGUGGCAUCCUACGGGAACCUUUAUCCUUACAGCACAUGAUGACUCAAGCUUAGUGUUCUGGGACCCUAAAGAUGGGAGAAUCGUUAUGGCCAGAACCUUAGUGGAUACCGAUAUUAACAAACCAGGAGCAGUGCUACCGACAACUACACCCGCAGGAACAUUUUCUCUAAAGGAACCAAUAUUCCAAGUUGCAUGGUGCUGUAAAGAAAAUCCCGAUGACACUGGCCUGUUAAUUGCUGGAGGAGGCCCAACUACAGAAAUGAAUAAAAGUCUGACAUUUUUCGAUCUUGGACCUACACCGAUCUAUCAAACUUCGUCGUGGCAAGUCCUCGCAAGCCAUCUUGCGAAGCCACAGCACGUUAGCAAAUUGGCAACCCCGCCAAGUGCGGAGGUUGUGGAUUUUGUACUAAUUCCCCGCUCAUCCCCUUACUUUGCCAAUGCACAAGACCCCAUUGCCGUGAUUGCAUUGCUCUCGUCGGGAGAGCUAGUCACUCUGAGCUUUCCAAGCGGCCAUCCGAUUUCUCCCACAAAUAUGCUCCAUCUGUCACUCUCCUUUGUUCAUCCAUUUGUCACCAAAAUUGCUCUAGCCUCCGUAGAUCGCACAAGGUGGCUAGGUUGGCGGGAGAAACGGGCCCAGGGACCAAGCAUUCUAAUCGGAGGCGCAUUGGCAAAGAAACCGAUGAAACGCUUCGAAAAUCGAGAUAUUGUCCAAACAGCCCAUGCUGACGGUAUCAUUCGCAUGUGGGAUACGGGCCAUGAUGACCAGAUUGAAAACCCUUCCAUCAUCCAAGUCGAUCUCGCUCGUGCUGUCGGCCGUUUCGACAACGUCGAAGUGACUGCAAUGUCUUUGGCUGGAGGCGCAGGUGAAUUCUCAGCUGGCCUGAAAAGCGGCGAGGUAGUUAUUUUCAAAUGGGGUCGUAACCAGAAUGCAGGCCGGGAUUUGCUCUUGGGUGAAAAUGAUGGACCUGGGCAGUUAACUGAUAUUUAUCGGAGAGCUGACCCUGGGCUGAAAGAAGGAUUUAUUCCACUGGUUUUGUUGAACCAGGGCCAAGGACCUGUUACUGCUCUUGAGCACAGCGAUGUUGGCUUCGUUUGUGCUGGGUUCCAAUCAGGUGGCCUCGUCAUAAUCGACCUGAGAGGGCCAGCAGUCAUCCACACUACUCACGUUUCCGAUUUUGUUAAACAUCAUAAACGAAUGAGUGUUAGGAAAAGCCACCACUCUUCAUCAGAGUCUCAAUCUGAGUGGCCUACAUGCAUUAAAUUCGCAGUCUUGUCUUUAGAUGGAGAAGGCUAUUCAAGUAUUCUCUGUAUAGUUGGAACCAGCAGAGGAAACAUCGCAACUUUCAAGAUCCUGCCGUCAGCAGAAACUUAUACAGCGUCUUUUGCUGGUUCUCGCAAUGUGGAUGAUCGGGUAUUAUCUAUUUGCCCUAUCGACGCAGAGACUGGUGUGCCAGCCCUCGCCACCCAGUCUGCUGUUGCCAACCUGAGGAACGGAUAUAAGAAGAAUGGGGUUGUAAUUGCUGUCACUCCAUCCGGCUGUCGAAUAUUCAAGCCAGCUGCUUCAAAGGGUGCAGAUAAGAACUGGGAUGACUUCCUGUGUGACAAUGCGACAGUCGUCAGAACCAAUGAGGUAUCCGCUCUCGUUGGCAUGUUUGGCGACGGCAAGGCAAGGGCGUAUUCAAUCCCUGCUUUGAAAGAAAUUGCCUCCGCGCAGAUCGAUAACAUUCUAGACAUGAGAAGAGUUGGGGAAACUGUUAUAUCUCUCUCUGGUGAUGUGAUAGGCUGGAUUGGGCCAUCAGAGCUCGCCAUGGUAAAUCUUUGGGGUGCUGGGUUACCUCUACGCCGUUGCGAAGACGCAAUAUAUAACCCGGCACUCUCUAUACCGCCACGCCCUACUAUCUCGAAUCUACAGUGGAUAUCAGGAACUCAAUAUGUCUCCCCAGCCGACAUGGACCUGUUGAUCGGAGGACCCGAUCGACUGCCAUCAAAACAUAUGCGCGAACAAAUGCGACAGGACGAGAUGUCCCUCCAGGCAGCGGCUCGCGAGCAGCCUCAAAGUUCGGGCUCACCAGCCCAGGGUGGUUCUGAGGAAGGCUACUGGGCUUAUAUGCAGCGACAAAUGGCGCUUAGGACGGAGAACCUCAAUAUCAUGGGUGACUCAAUGGAUCGGCUUGAAGAGAGCAGCAGUGGGUGGGUGGAGAAUGUGAAUAAAUAUAUCAAGAAUCAGAAGAAGAAGGCGAUUUUGGGCGCCAUCGGUUCCAAGUUUGGAUUUUAA